CCGCUAUGGCUGGCCCGGUUGAGAAAUUGAGGGUAGCAUGAAAAAAAAAAGGCAGCUUGAAAGAGCAAAGAGGGGUGGGAGAGGCACCGUGAUGAGAAAAAGAGGGGGUGUUAGAGAGGAGGAGAGAGCCUGAGAAACAACUUAAAACAGCGAGAAGAGCAGACAGAACAGAGCAGGCGGGGAGAGCAGCCAGAGCGGGAACGCAGGACAGAGAGAUCACACACUCACACACCAGAACUAAGCAGCAAUGAUGUCACUUUUCAUGCCGCCUCUACUUCCACCCCCACCACCCGUCACCGGAUCAUAUUCUUUACUGGCUUGGGCUCAGAACGUGACUAUGACGACUACGAUGAAAACUACAGCCUUCCACCUAAAGUGGAGUCUUCUGUGAAACCACCCCUUUUGCAACGGGAGCGUAAACCCUGUGCGUAUGACUCCUGCUCGGAGACCCAGGAGCCAUGCCACCGCAUCGCAGAGAGGACCAAGUGCCUCUGUCCCGGGAUGAGUGGAUCUGAUGAGCCUCCUCACGCACCACGAAUUAGAGCACUGUUGCCUGCCACUGAAGGAGAGAACACAGGGGAGAUACAGGUACAGUGGUGUGCUCCGUCCUCCUCUGUGUCGUCAUACAAAGUGGUGGUCGAGGGGAGAGAAGGCGAUGCCCUGGAGUUUGGGGAAGCUGUUCGGCAAGGUCUGGUGGGGGCUUUGGAGGUGGGCACGAAAGUCUGCGUCGAGGCAGUGAACGCGGCAGGACCCAGCAGUCCCUCUGAGUUCUCCUGUAAGCGCACAGAGGGGACACUGUGA